CAAAAAUUGCAUCUUUCAUUUUUACAUCCAAUCCUAUUCCUCUCUCAUUUCUUCAACUUUCUCCCCUCUCUGCAAAAUCCAUCUUAAUUACCUCUUCGAUUUUUCUGCAACAUCACUGGCUAUGGCGGCUUUUGGUGCUGUAACCAUUUUAAUGGACACACUCCAUCAACACUUCCUCCAACCCACACCCAUUUUCCCUCUUCGCAACAAAACAAAGGUGAGAUUACUUUACAAAAAUCUUUCUUCUUUGCAAACCUCUCUUGAACAAGAUUUCAAAGUGGGGGAGUGUGAUGAAGCUAUCAAAGCUUUGGAAGCACAAGUGAGAGAUGUCUCGGUUGAACUGAGGUUCCAAAUAGAAGACCAAUUGAGAUUGUUUUACCUGGGGAAAUCCAUGAAGCUUAGGCUUCACUCUGCUCAAAAGCUUCUCCCCAUAUUGAAUCGAGCAAUUAAAGGCGGCUCAGAAACUAUGGAUUUCAAUUCUGUGAUGGAGAUCUUAGGGAAGCACUUCACGCUGCCGGUAUCAGGCAUGCCGCCUCAUAUAAACAAAAGGGUCAAAUCUUUUUGCUGGCAACAUCAACUCUUCCUAUAUGGAAAACAAUCUUACCAUUAUGAAAACGAGAGUGAGGAUGACGAGCAAGAUAAUGAUGAACAAGAGAGCAAGAAUGAACAACAGAUUGAUGAUGAGCAAGAGACAGAGAGAAGGAGGAAUAUGUUGUAUGAAGCAGAAAGUGUAAUCAGACAAGAAGUGAGAGCUUCUUAUCUCAACAAAUACAUGAAACAACGGAUACAGGCUACACAGAGGAUUCGUCAACUCUUCAUCCAAGGAAUUAAGCUCACAUCUUACAUCAAUAAAGAGAUGUUGAAUGUUAAGAAUAAUGCAUACCACCAAUCCAACAACUCACAAAACAACAAUCCUGCUUCUCUUAGAGGUCUGGAACCUGAUAGCAUUAUGGUUGGUGAUUCAAAGUCUGCAGUGAAAAUGGUGGGCUGCGAUGAUGUGUUCAACGCCAUAAUAGACAACCUGAGCCAGCAAUCCUCAAAACGAGAAAUUGUCUCUAUUGUGGGAAUGGGUGGCAUCGGUAAAACCACCUUAGCUAGAAAGAUUUAUGAAGAUGCUUCAUUUCUUUCUUGCUUUGAUUGUCGAGCUUGGGUUACUAUCUCACAGGACUAUAAUCCAACACAAGUGUUCCAUUGCCUGCUUCGUUCUCUUGCCCCAGAGGCCAGUCACAACAAUGGAGCUAGCAACUACGAAUUGGCUGAGCAAGUAUACAGGCUUCUAAAACAUCAAAGGUAUUUGAUCGUAGUAGAUGAUAUUUGGAAUACAGAUGUCUUGGAUGAUUUAAUGAGAUGUUUUCAGGAUGACAAUACUGGAAGUCGAAUAUUGUUGACCACUCGGCAAAAAAAUGUGACUGAGUAUGCUGAUUCAGGUAAUAAUUUUUGUCAUACCUUGCGUUUUUUGGAUUCAAAUGAAAGUUGGAAUCUUUUUCAGAGCAAGGUGUGUAAGAGAUCAAUAACUCUAUUGUCCCCUGAAUUUGAAAAAAUUGGUAGAGAGAUAGUAGACAAGUGUAAAGGAUUACCUCUUGCAAUUAUUGUGGUUGCUGGACUCCUCUCAAACUCCAACCAAACUAUUCAUGAAUGGGAGCAUAUUGCAAAAUGUGUCCCUGCUUUGAGUUUAGAUCAUUCUAAUCAGCAGGGUGAGAACAUCAUUGAUUUGAGUUACACCUUCUUGCCUCAUCAUCUUAAACUUUGUUUUUUGUCAUUUGGGUGUUUUCCAGAAGACGAUGAGAUUUAUAAAAGUAGGAUCGUUAAUUUUUGGGUUUCAGAGAGAUUUUUAAAGGUUUUGAGGUCUGAGAGCUUGGAAGAUGUGGCAAGGAAAUAUUUACAAGAUCUUGUGGAUAGAAAUCUUGUCCUAAUUUGUGGAAAGAGAUUCGAUAUAGAAUUAUAUCAAAUGCAUGAUGUCUUGCGUGAACUGGCUUUGAGAGAAGCUCAAAAAGAAAAUCUUUUAUGUUUCAAGAAGGGUUAUGAUAUGAUUAGUUUGAGGUGGAAGAGAAAUCAAUCAAUAAACUCUUCCCAUAUAUCUCAACCAUGGAGUAUCCAAUCAAGAAUUUGCAAUUACAACAGUAUAACUCCUACUACCAACACUUCUUCACUGAUUGAGGUUACUAGGUUUCUUUUGGACAGGACUUCAAGACGGGUGGGGGUGCUUGCACAUUUUAAGUUUUUAAGGGCAUUGGAUGUAUUCAGUGAGGAUAUAAAUGUCCAUAAUAAUUUUUUGGAGAUUGUGGGUCUAGUGCAUCUGAGAUACUUAUCUAUUACUUGUGAGUUAAAUAUUCAGUAUCUGCCUUUGUUCAUGUUGCGGAAUCUACAGGAGCUACAAGUUCGUAAUUAUUCACCAUGUGAACCCCUUGAUAUUUGGGGAUUACCUCAACUGAAGAAUAUCACUAUUUGGUCUGGCAUUACACUAGUUCCUCCAAGAUCAGUUCAUCAUAAUUUGGAGAGCAUUAGAAGGUUGGAUUAUAGGAGUUGUACAAAGGAGUUGUUCAUGAGGAUCCCAAAUCUAAGGACAUUGCAAGUUACUACUAAUCAUAAAAUAGAAUGCAAAGCUCCUAAUUGGUUUGAAAGUCUAGUCUAUUUAUAUAAAGUGGAAACAUUAGUGGUUUAUGUUGUCGUACUUCCGGAGUUUAGAACUAUUUAUUCUAUGGGGAAGCUAAGCCUAGAGCAUUUUUUGCCAAAUCUUAAGAAGUUAAGAUUCUCUGAAACAAAUUUAAAAUGGAAGGAUAUGGAUGUUGUUGGCGAAUUGAUGAUUUUUAAUGCGGGAGUAGGGUGGGCAAGCGGGUGGGGCUUCUUGGAGUGCAUGCUUUGAAAGCUAGGGUUUGAGGAGGAUUGGGUGUGGUUGAUUACGGUGUUUUUUUUUUUUUUUUUAUCUUCAAUAGCAAGGGAAGUGAAGAAAAGGGUGAUUUUUGGAUGAUUUGCAGCACUAAGGAGCCCUUUUGAGAUGAUCGAGAACAUCAUGGGAUAAUCAAGAAGAAGGAUCGCGUUCAAGAGCCAAGAUAAGUGAUGUCUCUAUUUGAUCUGAUGACGUCACACGGGCGUCGACAUGCCCGUAUAGGGGUCGUGGGCACAUACAUCGCAUGGGCAUGAGAAAGCCCAUAUGUACACAGGGGCGCUCACAUGCCCGUUCAACAAUCCCAAUCUUGCGUAUUGAGCUAUCUUUUAUUUUGUUCAGAUAUAGAUUUAGAGGGGGAGAGCAAAGAACUUUUCCCUAAUUUUUUAGAUAGCUUUCUAGCUUAGAUUAGAUUAUUUGUGUUUAUUUAUGUCCCUCCCAAGUGCUAGUUAUGUUGAUUUUUUAUAAAAGGGGAAGACUCAUUUCUAGGGA